AUAGGCAGUGUCAUUUAUAGUAGACUGCUUGUUAUCAGAUGAUGUAUCUUUAAGUUUACCUCACAUUGUCGUAAAGUAUUACACUGUUCAACUUUUGCAAGCAAUGAAGCUAAGAAUUGGAAUACUCUGUUUUAUUGUGAUUGCUAGCUACUCUUGUUUUGCUGAGGAGAUUCGUGUUGCACCAGAUCACAAUGCUACCAACGGUUCAACUUGUGUCUCCCUGACAGACUGUGCAAAGCAGAACCACACCUCUCACACCAAGUUCAUUUUACUACCAGGGAACCACAUUUUGGAGACAAAUUUCUAUAUUUUCGGCCUUGAUAACAUCUCGUUUAGUGGUGAGAAUGUAACGAUAGACUGUGGCUAUCAAUUUGGACUUACAUUUGAGAAUAUUUAUGGAUUGAGAAUUGAAGGCCUUUCGUUUGUUUCUUGUGGCAAUUCAGUUAAUCCUGGGCUGCUAGUCAGUCAUGUGCAGUAUGGAACAUUCAGUGACAUUGUUAUCAUGAGCAGUACAUCCACUGCAGUGAACAUAAGAGAUAGCACGGACAUUGAAUUUUCAAACUUGUUAGUGACAAACAACGAGAUUUCGCACAUGAACAACUCAGUAAUUAUGUUGCUUCAAAAUUCUCAAGUGAAUUUCACAGAGACCACCACUUUUUCAGACAAUCUCUUGGGAAAUGUUUCUCCUCCAAACAAUGUAACUCCGAUUUGCCUUACACCCUCAUAUGAACGAACAAUGUCAGCUGUCUUACUGGCAGGGAGGUGUAAUAUUUCUAUAGACGGAUAUUUUAUGGUAUUCAACAAUACUAGCCCUACGGCUAUCAUAAGAAUCAAUGAAGCGGAGUCAUUUCAAAUUAUUGGAAUCAGUGACUUUAAACAGAAUAGCGUGGGUAUUUAUGGAGUGUUGUCUUUGUUUAACUCAAAAGCAAUAAUUGCCGGGUCGAGUAAUUUUUCUUUGAACACUGCCACCUCAAAUAAUAUCAUGGAAUUUAAAACUGUGGCCGGUAUACACAUCUCCUGUAGUAUUUUGAAUGUCACUGAGCACAUCGAAUUCAAUAGCAAUACUGCUGGUGUGUCUUCCUGUAACGCUAUCAACUCAAUUGUCCGGAUGAGUGAACACGUUUUGUGCCAAAAUAACAGUCCACCGACAAAUCUGCCAUCUCAACCAACAAAUCUGCCAUCUCAACUAACAGAUUGUGUGAGAAGAACCCUUUUCAAUUUGGAAGCUGAAAACUGUGGCACAUUGAUGACAGAUCUCAAUGCUGUAUUUAAAUUGCACACUAGUAUUUUCUAUAUAAAAAAUUCUGAGUUUAUCAGAAACAAGAACAGCUUUGUCUUAGAAGCUAUUGCUAGCGACAUGUUUUUUUCUGAGGAAAACAGAUUUGAUGGCAAUUCUCGUGUGAUUAGUGCACGCUCCUCGAGAUUAAAAUUUGUGGACAAUUUGGAUGUCUCAAAUAACAAUGCUGAUGGAACCUCAACAUACAGUGCUAUCCACUUAGAUCAGUGUCAACUGCUCCUUUACGCCAACUUUACGUUCAAAGGAAACACCAGACCAUACGCAGAUGGAGGAGUUAUAUUUGCUCAAGCAAGUAGUAGUAUUAUUGUCAGAGGCAAUGGAACUUUUGAGGGAAAUUCAGCUAGACUCGGUGGAGUGUGCUAUCUUCAAGAUGAUUCUUUCAUAACUUUACUACCAUACGCACAUGUCUCUUUUGUUCGGAAUUUUGCUGAGAAACAUGGCGGUGUAAUGUACAUAUCCAAAUUCAACUUAUUUUGUGGCUACAAUACAUUUUCAUUACAGCUACCUUGUUUUCUUCAAUUCGUCGAUGAAGCAAGCAAUCAGAUAACAUUUUCAGGAAACUUUGUUCGUAAUAAUGGUACCGGGAGUUUGCUUUACAGUGAUGUGCAAGCUGAUGUACUUGAAAAUGUCCAAUUAUACAACUAUACAUAUAUAAAUAUGACUGCCCCCAACAACACAGUUCCAUUGCUAGACUCAGAGUUUUAUCGACUGUACUUUUGCGAAAAUGAGAUGCGUAACUAUAGCAAAAGAAAAAUCAGUAGAACACAUAAAAGAGGAGAAAAGGUUAAACUUAUGAUGGCUGCUUUUGCUUUUGAUGGGAACAUUAGUAGUGGAACGGCCAAACGUGAGGUUAGGGGCCUUUUAGAUGAUCCCAGUAUCAUCACAAGUCAUUACAUUUCUAUGUUGUCUCAAAUGGUUACUGAUAAUUGUUCUGAGGUAACUUUUCAGGUAUUCUCACCUCAUCCGUUUGAGGAAAUAGCAAUCACUGCAAAUGGUUACUGCAGAUCUACCGAUGAUAUUUAUUGCCUAUCAUUAAAUCUCACAUUUGCAGAUUGCGACAAUGGAUUCGAACCAGCAAGUAAUCCUUGCAAAUGCGACAAUAGACUUUUGACCUACACCACUUCCUGCGACGUUGACACUGGUAAAAUAAACAAGUCUCCCCUAAAAAAUCCCUGGAUUGGAGCCCACUAUCAAAACUCGUCUAAUCCGAACUCCACCUAUCUAGGUCUGAUUCUCUAUCCUUACUGUCCACCUGACUACUGUCAAAAUCCAGAUGGGAUUGAAACAGUGGCUGUAAGCUUGAAAAAUCCAGAUGCACAAUGUAGGGAAAAUCAUGGAGGUCUACUUUGUGGAGCAUGCAAAGGCAAUACAAGUCUAAAAUUGCACUCUAUGAAAUGUGCUGACUGUAGCGACAACUAUGCAUUUGUUGUCAUAAUCGCAAUGUUUGUUCUGGGUAUUCUCUUUAUUGCUUUCCUUUCUCUUGUUCAGUUCACAGUCUCAAGUGGCACAGUACACGGAAUUUUAUUCUAUGCUAACAUACUAAGUGCUAAAAACACUCGGUUUGGAGUUCACAAUGAAGACGACAUCAUCAAGUUCCUUGACAUAUUUAUCGGCUGGGUUAAUUUGGAUUUUGGGAUGAAUAUUUGUUUCUACGAUGGCCUAAAUCAACUUCAAUACAUCUCCUGGCAGUUUGUGUUCCCUCUAUACUUGUGUGCUAUUGUCCUGGUCAUUAGUAUCAUUUGUCAUUACUCAAUCAAGGCUUCGAAAUUCUUUGCUAAAAUACAUGAUCCUGUAGCAGUGUUCGAGACUGUCAUAUUGUUCUCGUACAGCAAGUUUAUUCGAAAUAUUAUCGAUAUCGUAACCCCUGCUCACUUGGAGUAUCCAUCUAACAAUACUAGCACUGUAUGGUUACGAGACGGGACUGUACCAUUUGGAACAGGUGGUCAUACUGUCUUGGUGAUUAUAGCAGUUAUUCUUGGCUUGAUUAUGAUAUUGGGUACAACUGUGACCUUUCUCUCUCAGUGGCUUUACAAAAGUGAGACCAUCUCAAAGUUAUUCAGUCGGUACUAUAUCACAGCCUCCGUUAAUACCUACCAUACUGCUUUCAAGCCUGAGAGUCGAUAUUGGGUCAGCCUCUGUAACAUGCUCAGAUGGGUGCUCAUGCUCACAUUUGCUUUAGAUGAGGGCUUUCAUUUCAGUCUUUUGGCUAUAUGCACAGUAUGCACUCUACUACUGAGCAUUAUAAGUGUGUCGGGUGGAAUCUACAAUAGCCGAUGGUUGGAUUUACUGGAAGUGUCAUUCAUUGUCAAUUUACUUCUAUAUUAUGUCGGUGUCUAUCAUGUAAAAGUGGCAAAGUUGGAAAUGUGGGAUUACUACUCUUUUUUUGUGUUGCAUAACUUGUCAACUGGAUCAGCAUUUCUGAUAUUUGUGCUAGUCAUUUGUAUGCUAAUAUAUAAAAGACUCUACAAGGUGUGUAUUGAUAAGAAUUUGGAACUACUAAAGAAGAGAUUCAAAAAACCAAACAAGCAAGUCAAUAUUUCAGAGACUUUGGAAAAUGACUUGGAGAUUUCUCAAGUUAAUGCAGUUGAAUUGAGGCAACACACAAGUCGAACAUAUCGCUUGAUGCGGUUUUCUAAGCUCAGAGAGACACUGCUCGAAGAAUCAGUGUGAGAAAAAAACUAUAAACUUACUAAUUGUUGUGUGUGUGUGUGUGUGUAUAAUUAUAGAGUGUUUACAAUGUAUGAAUAUCGAAUGUAGCCUGUCAGAA